UACUCGGAAGGUAAUUUCAGUAGCUCAUCUAUGUUUGUUUGUUUUUUUUAGUUCAUGGAGAUCUUGCGUUGACUUUCUACUAAUUUUGCGAUCUCCGGUUUACAUGUUAAAUCUCAGACUUAGGCCUUAGACAUGGAUGGUGAAACCGGUGUUAAAGAGAAACAAAGGAACUUUGAUAGGUUAAGCAAUCUGCCUGAUUCCUUGUUAUGCAAGAUACUCUCUGACUUUUCCACCAAGGAAUCCGUUUGCACAAGCGUUUUAUCAAAACGUUGGAGAAAUCUCUGGUUAAACAUUCCAUCUUUGGACUUAGAUUCCAGAGAAUUCUCAGGUGAUGAUGUUUUUGUGAGUUUCAUGGAUAGGUUCUUCGGUUCUGAAAAUAAGCAGCACUUGGAGAGAUUCAAGCUGAAAUAUUGGGUUCAUCAUGAGCAUGAUGAAUCUCGUUUCAAGUCUUGGAUCGAUGCUGUGACCGGGCGUCGGAUUCUUCAUCUCAGUGUCGAGGUGGAUGAAGAUACGUUAGUUAAGAUGCCUCCAUCUCUCUUUUCGUGUGAGAGAUUGGUCAAUUUAGAUCUCAACCGCGUGUUCUUGGAUCAUCAUGGAUCUGUAUCAUUGCCUUGUGUCAAGAUUAUUCAUCUAGGGAUGCUCAAGUACGAUGGUGACUUGACUCUGGAGACUUUAAUAUCAGGCUGUCCUGUUCUAGAAGAGUUAACAAUAUUCCGUUAUGCUAAUGACAAUCUGAAAGCUAUGGGUGUGCGUUCCCAGUCACUGAAGAGCUUCUGUAUAUUCACUGAGUAUCGGUAUAUCAAUGCAUAUACUGAUAAUUUUGUUGUUGCGAUUGAUGCUCCCAGGCUUGAGUCUAUGUAUCUCACUGAUCACCUGUCUGAAAGCUUCGUAAUACACAAUAUUGGUCCCUACGCAAAGGUAGAGAUUGAUGUUCUCUUUAAUAGGGAACCUGGUGCACUACUGGAGCCAAAUGAUUAUUCCAGGAUAACUAUGCUCAGUGAUUUUCUCACUGGGUUAUCUACAGUCAGCGAAAUGACCAUCUCUUUUGACACUCUGAAUAUUAUUUAUCAAUACUGUGAAAUGAAACAGCUACCUCAAUUCUCCAACUUGUGUUUCUUGGAUGCUUGCUUCCACUACACUUCGUGGGUGAUGUUGCCAGACUUACUUGAGAGUUGCCCAAAUCUACACUAUGUGGUCCUGGAAUUUAUUUGGCUUCCAGAGAUUGAGGAUGCUGUUCUUUCAUUAGUCCCGCAAUGUUUCGAAUCAUCUCUUGAGUUUGUUCACUUGACGACAGCUUGCGGCGACAGCGUACAUGACGAAGAGAGACCACUCACGGGAACAUCAAGUGAAAUGAAAUUAGCAGAGUACUUCCUAGAGAAUUGUGAAGCUCUCAAGAAACUGACUGUAAGUUUGAGUUUCUGUAACGCCAUCAAGGAAAUCAAAUCGAUUCCAGGAAGCUCUACGGGGGUUGAAGUUGUCAUCUUGGACUAUUAGUUGAACCAGGUUACAAGGUCGUCUUUGAUAAACCUAUGCAAUGAUCUGCAGGGAAAGUCAAGGCAGCGGAUAGUUUAACCAGUAAUCCCGAGCAAAUGUUUUGAGCUAUUCGGGGAACCGUUUGUGUUCUUAUUUUAUUUGGAUCAUGAGUACUAU